UAGAGCGACUCCAACAUUUAGAAAACCCUCCAAAAAUCUUUAAAACCCAUUUUCUUAUUAUCAUCUGUCUUUCAAAGAAAUCAACUCAAACAGACUUUUUCUGCAAUGAAUCCUCUCAAUUCCACUGAUUUGAAUGCUCUUGUCUUUCAUUAUCUCAAUGAAUCAGGUUUAAAGAUCUUAAAGAACUGCUAUACAUAUUGAGUAGUUCGUCGCUUGAUUCCUGACAAUGAACUGCAAGUUUUGGAAAUGAUAGGUUGCUAGGGUUAAAACUGAAAUUUAGCUGUUGAAAUCUCGAAUCUGGACAUACAAAUUCGAAGAAAUUUUGACUUUUCCCCACACUUUUAACUAAUUUCGCUGCUUUAAUUUCAAAGAUCUCAAAGAACUGCUAAAGGUUUCACAGAGGCAGCAUUUUCUUUCGAAGAUGAAGCAGGGUUGAAGAAGAGUCCCAUUGACGGGAAUAAAAUUCCACCAGGUUCACUUGCCAAAUUUGUCCAUAAAAGUGAAUGAAACUGAGGAGUGUGAUUCAAGUGUUAAUGACGAUUUAUCGUUUGUGCAACCUCUUGAUCUGAUAACAAUGGAGUUGGUCGAACUGCUGCGAACUAUAAAAGAGAAGAAAGCCGAAAUUCAGAGACAGAGGGAGAAAGAUGGAGGGAAAUCUAUGGGAUUUGGUCGAGCGCAACAACUGAAACGCCAACGAGGAAACGAGAAGGUAAAGCAAGGAAAUGAUGGAAGGCCUGAAAAGGAUAAGGAGAGGAAACCUAAGAAAAGGGAGCUAGUAAAGUAGAAAGACCAAGAAGCUAGUAAAGCGGCAUUAUCCAUGCAUGUACCAUGUUUACCUAGUAAGAUUCCCAGUUCUGAUGUAACUAUAUUCGAAGGACAUACUUCCGAGGUUCUUGCUUGUGCAUGGGAUCCAGUUGGUUCACUUCUCGCAUCAGUGUCGAAAGAUACAACAGCUAGGAUUUGGGAAAUUUUGGAUGGUCCUUGUGGCUCUAAGAUGCAGAAUGGGCGUCAAAAUGAAAUAGUGUUGGAACACUGUAAGGGUGACCUGAGUAAGACCAAAAAGGGUGUUACAGCGCUUGACUGGAAUUCAGAGGGGACAUUACUUGCGUCAGCUUCAUCAGAUGCAAACACAAGGAUAUGGAGUAGAAACGGGGAGCUACGAGGCACCUCGACCAAACAUAAAGGUCCAGUCAACUGUUUAAAAUGGAACAAAGAGGGUAAUCGUCUUCUUACUGGAAGUUCCGAUGAAGCUAUUGUGUGGCAGUGGCAAAUGAGUACCUUGAGACGGGCUCAAAACUUUGAAUUUCAUACUGGUCGAGUCAUGCAUGUUGAUUGGCGGGAUUGCGAUACAUUUGCAACAGGCUCAGAAGAUGCCAAGAUCAGCGUUUGUAAGGUUGGAGAGGAUCGUCCUAUUAGAACCUUUUUGGGUCAUAAGAAAGGGGUCAAUUCUAUAAAAUGGGAUGAAUCUGGUUCUCUGUUGGCUUCUUGCUCCGGUGAUGGCACGGUAAAGAUAUGGAGUAUAAAUCAAGACCAGUACAUCCAUGAUUUAAAGGAGCACACCGAGGAGGUAUAUUCUGUUGAAUGGAGACCUACUGGUCCUGGAACAAGCAACCUUAACCAGUCUCCCAUACUGGCAAAGUGCAUCGUUUGACUCAACCAUAAAACUAUGGGAUGUAGAAUCUGGAAGCCUUCUCAGAAGCUUAGAUGAUCACAGGGAUCAUGUUUACUGUAUCUCAUUCAGCCCAAAUGGAGAAUAUUUGGCCAGCGGAUCUUUGGGUAGCUCCGUAUACAUCUGGUCGGUGAAGGAAGGGAGGAUUGUGAAAACAUAUGAAGGGAGCUGUUGCAUACUCGAAGUCUCCUGGAACAAGGAAGGUACCAAGAUUGCUACAUUUUUUGAGAACAGCGUGUGCGUCAUGGAUGUGAGAAUGUAGCAAGAUACUUGGCUGCUUUGAAAAGUCUAAACAACUAAAGAAUCAGUGCUUCCUUUCAAAAAGGAAGCAAAAUAGACAAAAUGUAAAAAGAAACAAUCAAAAAGUAAAAAGAAAAAUAGAAAUAACUUUUAGAGCUUGUAAAAAGAAACAAUCAAAAAGUUCAAAUACCAACAUUACAAUUUGCAGCGAGACACUCCACAAAGAUUUAUUUUAAAAUGAA